AUGAAUCCAGCAUCGCCGACCCUGGGGCCAAAGAGCUCGUCUUCGUGGCGAAUUUUGGACUACCUCAAGAUCCUGUCGUCGCCAAAGCAGUCGGUGAGUCCGUCCAACACAUCGCUCAACUUAAAGGAACAGGCGGAAAAGGCCAAGAGCGUAUGCAAAUGCUCGUGCUGUGGCACCGUGCUAACGUUCCCUGAAAACACCCACAAGUUCUGUUGUCCGCAUUGUCAUACAACGAACUUGUUGCAUCUAGAUUUGACCGCAGACCCGCCAGUGCACCUCCUCUCGUAUAACUACGUGAAGCGUCUCGUGGACCAAGCAUUGCACUCAGACAAGAAGAUCGAAAACAGCCAUGAGCUCCAUGAACGAUUAAAGCCUCUUCUGGACUACCUCUUUCAAGCUUUCGGCUCAAUGGCUUGUUUAAACGAGUCGUUCAAAUUGAAGAGAAAGAGCCGAAGGCCGCACUAUUCUACGGCGAACUUGGACUACGAUGAUGUCCGCAAGAUCUUCGACCUUCUUACGUCGCUCCCUUCAAGACGGCCACUAUACUAUGCCCUUCUGGGCGCAUGUCACUGUCUCAAACGGCUUCCUCUCAACUUGUGUGACGAUCCUCGAAACCUUCUGUGGGUGAUGGUUCUCUUUGAGAUUCCUUUUUUGUCGAAGGCGCUAACAAACAACGAUAAACGCUCUCAGCAUCGUCCUGGUUCGAUGGUGGAGGUGCCUGAGAUCCAAGCACUCUGCUACGAGAUCUUGAAACGAGUCUUGGGGAUCUUUUCCCAGGCUGAAAGCACCUUGACCGGAAACUACGUGGCUUCGUGGUUUCUGAAGCGUUCUCACGUUGAUUUCAUGGCCAAGGUUGAGCUUAUCAAUUUGUACAUCACAUUCCACUUGAAAAAGUACUUUUACUUUGCCAACAACCCGGAGUUGGCUCGCAGAAGCAGUCUGGGAGGUGGACUCGAAAACACACAUCGUCGGAACAGCUCGAUUCCAACACCACCCCCUCAGCAAGAUGAAAGUCAUCUCGUGAAACCUACAAUCAAGGAGGCGAGGAGUAACAGUGUUCCCCAUGUUCAAGAUGAUGAAUACUUUCAGUACUCUUAUCUCAAAGAUGAAGUAGAAGGCAUGGACACGUUAGCGCCUCCAGUGAGCCUUCAGCAAUUGACGAGUGGUCCAUUGAGUCCCAGAUCUAGAGGCUCGAAAAAGAAGAAACACGAUGCGAAGAUUAGAGUUCAUCAGUAUUCACUGAACUACCACCUCCGAACAGCGUCCGGAGCGUUAAGCAUUUUUGUGAAGGCGAACUACAUUCGCUACGGGGAAAACAAGUUGCAAGCUCAUGCAUUUUACAAUUCCCUAGUCGAUUAUGUCAAUAUCAAGCUAGAUUACGACGCCUGGCUGAGUCGAAGAAAACUGAGUCGCCAAGAUGUCGGUACAGAGCCAGCGUUGCAAACCGUCAUCGAUUAUAUUCAUGGUUCGAACCAUGUACCCUUUACUGAAUCUCCAAGUACUACAUUCUACUUCUGUCAGUACCCGUUUCUAAUUACUCUUGGGGGAAAAAUUGCAAUUCUUGAGUACGAGGCCAGGAGGCAGAUGGAAAGGAAAGCAGAGGAGGCGUUUAUCAAUUCUCUUGAUCGCCGUGUGACACUAGAUGUCUACUUCAGAGUUAGAGUACGUCGUGAUUACAUCGUACAAGACUCGCUUCGCUGCAUUCAACUCAACCCAAACAACUUGAAGAAGAGCUUGCGAGUGCAAUUUAUUAAUGAGCCCGGUGUCGACGCUGGUGGUCUCAAGAAAGAAUGGUUUCUUCUACUCACUAGAGCACUCUUUAGUCCACACGCAGGGAUGCUUAGUUACGUCGAGGAUUCUAAUUUCCUUUGGUUCAAUGUUGUACCGGUGGACAAUUUCGAAAUGUAUUAUCUCUUUGGUGCAAUUCUUGGAUUGGCAAUAUAUAACCUGACCAUCCUCGACCUCAAAUUCCCCAUUACGAUGUACAAAAUUUUGUUGGGGUUACCCAUUGGUUUGGCUGACUAUCAGGAGAUUUUCCCCAUGUCAGCACGCAACCUUUUCAGAUUAAGAGACUAUAGCGCUGAAGAGAUCGAGUCGCUUGAUUUGACCUUCGAGGUUACAUUCUCAGACCCGUUUGGAACUCGAUACACCAAGGAUCUCAUUCCUGGCGGCUCGAAUUUGGUUGUGGACGGUGACAAUCGCGAGCUCUAUAUUGACAAGUACGCCCGAUUCUUCCUUUGGGACGGAAUGAGCAAGCAGCUCGCUGCUUUCAAAGGUGGUUUUUCCAAUGUGGUAGAUGGCAAUGCCUUCUCCUUGUUUCUGCCCGAGGAGAUACAGCUACUUUUGUGUGGCAGCGAGGAGAGCAAGUUCGAUGUGGAUGUGCUUCAGUCUGUCACCAACUACAGCGGGUGGGCAAGCAAAGAGGAAGCCACCGAGUCGUCCACAGUCAAGUGGUUCUGGGAAUAUGUCAGUGGACUUACUUACAAACAGCAGAAAAAAUUACUUCUUUUUAUCACGGGGUCAGAUCGAGUGCCAGCCACAGGGAUACAGAAUCUCACCCUUAAGAUCAGCCGCCUUAAGACAGCUGGCGGGGACAGCGACAGGCUUCCGGUGGCCCACACAUGUUUUAAUGAAUUGGCAUUGUACGAUUAUAUUAGCAAGAAAAAAUUGGCUGAGAAGCUUGACAAGGCGGUCAACAUGUCGGCAGGGUUUGGUAUCAAAUAG